UCCGGUGGGCUCCACUUCAAAAUGAUGCAGACCACGACCAUGCUGCAGGAGGGCUCUGCAAAUGCUCGGCUGCAAUGAUCCCAUUCGACACAGAUGAGAAGAAAGUUACAGCUGGGGCGUGGUUUCGUAUCUCACUCAGCUAUCUCCUGGCAGACUCCAGUAAACACCACAAGGACGACUUAAACUGCUCUUGUUCUCUGCAGGAUUUAAAUAAUGGACCAAAAAGGGAUUCAGAUGCUGUUGAUUCUUCUGUUUUGUCAAAAAUUCAUCUCAGCUGAUAAAGUUAAGGAUGGGGAAGAGGUUUCAGUCUCCUGUGACCCUAAAGAGAAGCAGAUAAUCUUCUGGUUUCGAACUCUGGACAGCUUGAGCAUGGAGUUCAUCGCAACAUUCAGCAACAUCGGCAUUAAAAAAUCAAGCGUAGAAGGCUUUGAUGUAAAAUACAGAAUGGCAAAUGAAAAAACUCUAAUAAUAAAGUCCUUUAACAAUGAAAAGGACAGCGGGAUUUACGGCUGUGCGGCGCUUUAUAAAGGUAACGAGUUAAAAUUUGGACCAGUAACCCGUGUGGGUGAAGCAAAAGCUAAAGCAGUAACUCCUCCAGCGGUGCUCCCCACCAUUCAGAUUACACCCACAACCAAACCCUGCAUCUGCCCAAAGCCAGGGUUGUCCAUGUUUUGUAAUCCACUCAUCUUGGGCUCUCUGGCUGGAGGCUGCGGCCUUCUUCUCCUGCUCCUCAUCAUCAUCUCGCUGUACUGCAACAAAAUGAGGACUCGAAGGUGCCCGCACCAUUACAAGAGAAAGCCGAGGAUGGACGCUCUCGAAAAGCAGAUGACCAACAGACACGUCUGAUCCAAAAAUUCACGUAGAUUUCUUCAACCUGCUUUUAUUUUAUAGUUUCAGUUAUUGUCAUAAAUUCAGUUUUUUUAUUUGCCAAAGCAUGAAUAAAUAAUCUAACGUUGAACACUUUACACAAAAACCUAAAGCUUUCAGAAGGAUUUAACGCUUCAUAUAUCCUGAAGGCUUUACUGUUGCCUUACUUUUAAUCACUUUUUCUUUAAAUAGUGAUGAAAAAGGAUCUUUUUCCAGGAACACUUGACUUGAGAAUAAAACUGAGAAUUUUUAACCUUAAUUUUUUUCUCCUCAAAUAUAAAUCAUGAAAUAUUUGUACAUAUUUUAUAACAUUGCAUUUUUCUGCAAUCCCUUCCAACUGAGCUUCCCGUCAUGCUUCUUGCUCUUAACGCGGUUAUGCUUUCUUUAUAUAAACAAAAAUAUGAACGUAAAUAAUUCUGCUCACAUUUUAAGGUUUUUAUUCAUUUUUUUUUGCUGAAUUGUACAUUUUAGAAUUCCUGAUUUAAAAUGUGAUAAAAAGAAAAUAAACAGAAUUACGACAAUGGUGAAUUAUGUUCAUCAUCAUUUUAUUCUGUUCCACAGAGAAAACCGGCUCCACAUUUAGGUUUUCGCUUGUUUUACGACCCUCUAGAGACAAAAGGAAGUGGGCUGCUUCAACCGCAUGCAGAAACAAAAAGUUAAAACAUGUUAGGAGCAGAAAAACAAACUCUCACACACACACACACACACACACACACACACACACACACACACACACACACACACACACACACACACACACACACACACACACACACACACACACACACACACACACACACACACACACACACACACACACACACACA